AUGGACGAUCCUAACCAUACGCCCCCUGGCACUGAAAUAGAGACGAGCUCUGAAUCUUUGCAGGCGGCGGCCUUCAGAGAAGCCGUCGCACAGGACAAUAUCGAAUGGCUGAACAGUAAUCUGGAACAUGACAAAACUCUUCUUGACACCACAUUUAUGGUCCAUCGUUCCAUGGACGGAAUCGAGGAAACAUUUCACGUCAAUGCUCUAGCUCUCGCGUCACUUCACGCGCAAGUUUUGGUUGUCCGUGUGUUACUGAAACAUGGCGCAUCUGCUGAGACGGAGAUUCCGAAUAUGGGCGGCACCGCAUUGCACAUGGCUUCGAUAGGUGGUAACGUUGAGAUCGCCCGCUUGCUUGUUAACAAAAAAGCGGAUGUCAACCAAGCUGACAGAUACGGAAACACCCCUCUUCAUCUGGCAUCGGAAUUCGGAAAUUUGGAUGCUGUGACUUUUCUUCUGGAUAUGGGAGCCCAGAUUAAGGUGGUUGACAAAAAGGAUAGCACCCCGUUUCACCUUGCUUGUGCGUCGGGGAAGGCCGAUCUCGUCAAGUGUCUUCUCAACCUAGGGGCCUCGAUAAAUGGGAGAAAGGGAAGAAGCCCCCUGUUGCCGGCUAGCUUGGACGACGACAGCAUCAUCCUCGAGCAUCUCCUUGAGAAAAAGCCUGAUCUAUCCUGCAGGAACAACCAUGGAAUCUCACCUUUGGCGCUCGCUUGUCGUCAUGGAAAGGUUCACAAUUUGAAGCUUUUAAUCGCGAAAGGCGCCGACAUUACAGCACGAUCCAAUCAUAAUCACACGCCUCUUUGCUUCUCUGCAACUAAUGAUCAUGUUAAAAUCAUGAUUGAGAUUCUGAAAACGCCCACAUACUAUCCAACGAAUUCUUUGAAAAGGAAACUUCCUAGUGAGAACGACUCCUGCCGCAUCGAAAUUGCUAAAGCUAUGAUACGUGGUUUUGGUAGCGAACUAGAAGCCGUCAAGAUUACAAUGAUGGACAGUGCCGAAUAUGUUCUGUUUUGGGCCGUUCGUAUGAAUUGUUGGGAGGUUCUGCAAAAGUACAACGAAUGCAAGCCACAGGCACACUCCUUUAGCAACCUCCAAGGGGCCAGUUGGCUUCAUCUUGCAUCUCAAUACGGACACUGUCGACGCAUCAUGGAAUUCUUUUCUCAUUGCAAUCCGCAAGAUAAAACAAGGACAGGCGCAACAGCUCUUCACCUCGCGGCUGUCAAUGGAUCCUUGGAAACGGCCGAGUUUCUUCUCAAUCUGAUAUCAACCCAACAAAGCAACCCGCAGAGUUUGACCGCCAAGAUUGAUGCGAUUCUAGAGUGCGAUAACUAUGGAGAGUCUCCGCUAGCCCUUUCCGUGAAACGGAGCUCGGGAGCCCAUAGAGACCUGGCAAGUGUAUUCUGGCGGGAAUUCGAGGCUCUUGGGUCACUUGAUUGGAAAAGAAUGGUACCGUCUCGUACAAAAGCUAGGGUUUUGGAAGCAUUGGCCCAAUACGAGAGACCCGGCGGUGAGAAGGUUCUCAAAAGUCUGUUGGAACAAUGGAGCUCGCCAAAUACCACUGUGACACCUGACACGCGCACAGCGCUCGAAUGGGCCGUUGAAUCAAAACAGUCUGUUGUGGUCUGGUGGCUUUUAUCGAAAGGAGGCCACUCAUCCAGAUCUACGAUGGAGAGUGCUACAAGGUUAGCGCAUAGCCUCGAAGGGAAGGUAGGUCGUCUUAUUCAAGACUUACUCAAGUCACCACCGCCAUUGCUAGACUCUGUCGCAAAUCCAAACGACGACCAGCCUCCAGCUAUACCAGAACCAACACAGGACAAAGAAGAGAUACCCCUCCUAACGAUCGUUGAUAUUCACCAAAAGGGUACAGCAACCAUGCCCCGAUACGUCAAGGCCAACAUCCACGACGUAAUUUACGAGCCUGACUAUAUGGGUGGGCCGAGUGCUAUCAUAGAGCGAGCGCCAAAGACUGUGGGUCUAAGGGAUCUGGAGUCUCUCAAGGUUCAAAUGGAAGAUGCGGAGCAGGAGGAUCAAAAGGACAGAGAUCAUGGGGUCGAAAAUCUACUCAUGGAUGUCACAAAUCUCUGGAGCAACCCACAAAAAUCCAACUAUGGCGUUGAAAAACCCAAACUUCAUCUAAUGCGGGAUCUUUGUACUCGACUCUCGCACGACUCGGGAAGAUCAGAAAUGGACCAUAAUGCUAUCAUCAGUCGUUUCAAUCGAAGCUGGACCGAGCUCGCAGCUGGUGCUGGGCAUUGUUACAUGAAGCCGCAUUGCGAGCAUGCGAGAACAAACUCUUCACACCCUACGACUGGGUCACCCGGAAAGAGUCAUCAGACCGAUGAACACCAUAAGCCGAUGGCUUUAUAUAUGCCAUAUCUCACUUUGGGCACUGAGAGUCCUGGACAAAGUGUUCGACUGAAACAAAAGUCGGAUAGCUUCAACGGGCCGCUCCAUACCCGCAAUACAAGGGACCUUACUCAUAUACCAAUCACGCUAGACCAGUACUACUACGCUGUGUUGCAAGACACCUCCAUCAGAGACGGCGACCAAGUGUUAACAAGGUACUUGGAGAAGUAUCAUCGACAAUUUGGGAAGAGGAUCCUAAUGAUUAGUCAAGUCUGGAUCUGGAUCAUUGACGAGGGGACAAUAAUCACGGCAACAGCUGAGCCUGGUGGUACAAACGUCCCCAGAUUGACUAAUGGAAAGAACUUCCACGAUGCGGUGCUCGAUCGAAUGAUGAAUGGUGAAGGGGGGACUCGUAUUUCGAUGCCCACUACGGUCCACUCUGUCAUGGAAUUGAUGCUAGGGGCAGCGACCAACGCUAUCAUGUCAGACUCGGUCCCCACCAUGGGCAAAAAGAUUACACCAAUUGACGUUUUUCGAGAGUCAAUCAAGGACGUUGUGAAUGAAGAAGCAGAACUCUUCCAGCGAUUUCUUCAAGAACUUAACCAAGACAACAACGAUCAAACUCGACAGCAACAGAAACCAUGGUCUUCCAAGAAAAUCCCAGGGAGCUCGAAUCACAUUAUCGACCUCGAGGCUAAGCUUCUUCGCGAAGUUCGAGAUAUCAGGGAUGAGCUCGGCAUGCUAAAGGCCCUCUCAGAGCACCAAGAAACCGUUUGGAAACAAGCGUUCGAGACUGAAGAAUUGAGGGCAUGUUUUCAGUAUUACCAUCCUUGCACGCCGACUGAUGUGAAGGGAGACCUUGAUACAAUGGUUGCUGAAACUGACAGGGUGAUCGACUCGCUCAAUAGUCUUCUAGAUUUGCGAACGAAACAAGCCGCUAUAAAAGAAGCCGAGUAUGGCAGAAUCCAGACAGAAGACGCAGCGAGACAGUCCAAGAGUGUCCUGAUCUUUACGAUCGUGACAGUUAUUUUUCUGCCUCUAUCGUUUCUAAGUUCCCUGUUUGCCCUGGAUGUCUCCAGCUUUCCUCAUGAAUCUGGAAGCGUCAAGUAUGAGUCAGGCUGGAUUUUCCCUAUUCUCUUUGGUGUUACAGCAAUUGUGUCCAUUCCGGUAACCAUCUUGGCUCUAAAGGCGAGCUCUAUCUCGCGUCAGUUGAAACCAGAAUCGAAGUCCGAAGUCUAA